CAAACGCGAAAUGCAACAUAGCAAUGUCCUCUUUAGGUAUGCUGUAAUUCCUUCGUCUAUACGUGUGUAUUUAUUUGUCCAGCGUUGGAACUCUACUUUAACUAAUUAUUUGUGCCAGGAUAAAGUAGACUCGUCGUAGUGAACUUUAAACCUUCUCAGGCUAUGUUAACAUGCUAGUUAGUUUAGCUUGCUAGUUAGCUUAGCUUGUUAGCUGCUAACAAAGAGACGCGGGGCGUUAUCAACACGUCGCUAAGCAGAGAUCAGAUGUGAGUGUAAAGUGUUGGGAUUGUGUGAAAAUGUGCGAAAGAACGAUAGCAGAGUACGAAGACUAGGAGGAACUUUCUCCAACAAAAGAGGAGAACGAGCGACAUCGUCAUCUACUGGACGUCGUUUUCAAAAAACACACAGAACAGACGUCUGUGAAGACCGUCUUCUCCCUGAGCGACAGGAAUGGAGCUUUAAGAUGGAGCAACAAGAGCCACAACCCUCCCACUUUAGAGAGGAAGACGAGGACCCACUGACCCCCAAGUUUAAACCGGAUCAGGAGGUGCCAAAAAAGCAAGUAAUUAAAGAUGAAGAGGAAGUACGCUGCAUCAAUCGGGAAGGAGAGCAUCUUGAAUGGUUGGAGGAGUUCGCAGUCAUUGGUGUUCCUGUGAAGAAUGAAGACGUCUGUGAGGAACAUCUUCCUGAGCAGCAGGAGUGGACCUCCAGGACGGAGCUGGAGGAGCCACAGACCCUGCAUUUUGGAGAGGAAGGGGAGCCACGGCUUCCCCGCAUUAAAGAGGAAGAGCAGGAAAGCAGAAUCAGUCAAGAGGGGGAGCAUCUGGAGGAGGUUGAUGUUUCCAAGUUCCCAUUGACUGUCAUUGUGAAGAGUGGAGAUGAUGAGGAGAAGAGAGAGGCGGAGCCUCCAAGCAGCAGCUCAACUCAACACAUAUCAGAAGCUGAUGAGGACCACUGUGGAGGAUCACAAGCAGACAAGCUCUUCGCUCCACUAUCAGAUAGUGACGACAUGUCACACUCUCCUGACACUGAUGAUGACGACUCUAAAGCUGAUAAGACACGUCCCACUGACAACACACACUUCCAAUGCUCUCACUGUGACAAAACCUUUUAUCAACCUUGUCACCUGAAAGUGCACAUGAGAAUACACACUGGGGAAAAGCCUUUUAACUGUUCAAUCUGUGGUAAAGGUUUUACCCAAAGCGGUCAGUUGAAAGUACACACGAGAACGCACACCGGAGAAAAACCUUUCCCCUGUACAGUCUGCGGUAAAUAUUUUGUGCAAAGACAGUAUUUAAAGAUACACAUGAGAAUACACACCGGAGAAACCCCUUUCACCUGUUCAAUCUGCGGGAAAGGUUUUACCCAAAGGCAGUGUUUGCAAGUGCACAUGAGAACACACACGGGAGAAACCCCUUUCACCUGUUCAAUCUGCGGUAAAGGUUUUCUACAAAAUCGUAAUUUGAAAACGCACACGAGGCUGCACACCGGAGAGACCCCUUUUACCUGUUCGAUCUGUGGCAAAGAUUUUACACACAGUAACAAUUUGAAAUUGCACAUGAGAAUACACACCGGUGAAAAACCUUUUACCUGUUCAAUCUGCGGUAAAGGUUUUGUGCAAAGUAGCAAUUUGAAAGCACACGUAAGAACACACACACGUGAGAAAGUGUUGAGUUGCAGUGUGUGUGGUGAAAGAUUCUCUUAUAAGUACCAGUGUAAGAAACACAAGUGUGCUGGUGAGAACCGAAGCAGCAAAUGAAGCUGCAUGGUUUUAAGUAAUCCGUCAAAACUUUUAACUUUGGCUUUCCAACACCACCACCACAUAAAACGUGUGUGUGUGUGUGUGUGUGUAACCCAAUCUUGUUAUAUACCUGGUUCUACCAUUUGUAGAUUUGAUAUUUUACCUUAGUGCUUUAAUGUCA